AUGGCAUAUGACAGGUACAUUGCACUCUGUAACCCACUGCUUUAUACAGUAAUUAUGUCCAAGAGAGUCUGUAGUCAGCUUGCAGUUGGAGCAUUCCUUGGGGGAAAUAUGAGUGCACUUAUUCAUACCACUAAUACUUUCCAAUUAGCAUUCUGCUCCAAAGAAAUCAACCAUUUCUUUUGUGAUUUCUCCCCACUCUUCUCUCUUUCCUGUUAUGAUACUUAUAUUCAUGACAUCAUCCUGGUGGUCUUUGCUAGUUUGGUGGAAGCUGUCUGUCUUCUUGCAGUGCUGGUCUCUUAUGUCUGUAUCAUAGCAGCCAUUCUUAAAACAGGCUCUACAGAGGGAAGAAAGAAAGGGUUCUCCACUUGUGCUUCGCACCUGACUGUGAUCACUAUUUACCAUGGUACCAUGAUUUUCAUUUAUUUGCGCCCUACUUCAGGCCAUUCAAUGGAUAUUGACAGGGCUACCUCUGUCUUCUACACAUUGAUUAUACCCAUGUUGAACCCCCUAAUAUAUAGUCUUAGGAACAAAAAUGUCAAAAUUGCUUUUAGAAAAAUUAUUAGCAGAAAGUUACUUUUGUAG